AAGAAAAGAAAAAAAUAAACAAACAAACAAACAAAAAAGUUUGACCAGCCGACGCUGGGGCUCGAACUAGCAACCAGGAAAGGUCCGGCUAACCUCAGCUUGUUAGGUGACAUUGCAUACUCUCUACUUUUACAAUAUCAACAUACAAUGAACAUGAUGAAAAGGAGACUUAAUCAUUUCCUUCAAUAAUUAACACAGCGACUAUUUGCAUUAAAAGGAAAGCCAAUUAAAACUAAAAUUAAUCAUCAAAAAUAUGCACGCAUCCGUAGGCUUGCGUAGACGUUCUUCUAUGCUCUGGACAGGAGACAAUAGUAUGACGUCAUGAUACUGAUGACGAAAGGCUAUUUGUGACGUCACGUUCUUGUUGCUUAGCUGCUUAGCAAUAUAGGCAAAGGCGGAGAUGGUUAGUCUCUCCCCAAGUAUCUACUUCUUAUCUUAAUCAUUGGAUUACCACAAUGGAUAUCAAGAUUUUCUUGAUAUUUAUGGUAAUUCUGAACGCCAUGCAGCAAGGCCCUGCUGCUUAUCGGGGCCUUACGUGCGUGGAGCCCGAGCCAGGAUUCACCAAAAGAAUGUUGUAUUAUUUCACCGCAAGAGAAAUUGAGAAAGCAUGCCCAACACCAGUAGACGUGAUGUGGAGAAUCGGAAACGAGGUAUUCUGUUCCCUUCUGUGCGGUAUUACCUCACUGAUGUUGGUUUACACGUACGUGUAUGCGCCGUCGAUUGGAAUCCGCGCCAAGAAGAGAUGGAUAGCCAUUGUUUCCAUGUUCCAAGCAUGGAGAACUCGCCGUUCCCUCUGCCGUUUCUGCGGAACUUCUCCAUGUCAGGCCAAGCGAACAUCCUGGAAGCGCUUCAGACCCCGUAUCAAGAAUGUGGCCAGUUUCGAGGAGCGAUCCAAUGCCAUGAGGUUGUUCAGCCUCGGACUGGAGCUGUCCGUCGACCUGACAAAAGAACUUCCUCGGGAUGAGCUGUACUGGGCUAGGAAAUACUGCGAUCAAUUCGAGGAGGACCACAUGGUUCUAUUCCCGCUGUGCAUCCAGCGUCAAAUCAAUGACUGGUACCCAGUGCCUUACUAGAUUCUUGCAGUCUUUGGCGAUGAGAAGAAUGUCGAUGAUGGAACAGAAGUGGUGGUGGUGACGUCAUCGAUUUAUGUGAUACCGCCCUUUUGGUCGCAACCGCGUUUUUUGUUUUUUUGUUUUUGUUUUUGUUUUCAUUUCUGAUCAAUGAGAAAUAGUUGAUGCCUUUCUGGACCUAGUGAUAUUCAUAUUGCUUUCGUAAUUUUGGUCAGUUUUACCUUGUAAAAUUAGUACUUUGCAGAGAGGAACAUUGUAUGAAGAUAGCCAGCCGAUUAAAACUAUUCUAUAUUGGUCAGAUACGUAUUAUAUAUAUAUGUGUGUUGUAACAUCUGUAUGGAACCCA